UCGAAAUGACAGCCACGCAUGCGCAGAGGAAAGGAGGGAGAAAAAGCGGGCGCCAUCACCCGGUUGCCAUGGCGCCCAGGUGGCUGAGGAGAAAGAGGAGUCUGGGCGCGAGCUAGGCCUCGGCUUGGAAGGCCUGAGGAGGCCGCGCGGGCAUCUGCCGGGAGGGGUCGGGCCGUGUCCUCGCUUUGACGAAGAGGAGGAGGAGGAGAUGGGCGUCCGAGAGACAGGUGGUGCCCUCCGCCCCUGCCUGGCCUUCCCUCCUCUUCCAUCCUUGUUGUUGUUGUUGUUGUUGUUGUUGUUGUUGUUGUCAUGACCCCCUAAAGAAGGAAGGAAGGAAGGAAGGCAGCCCCCUCCCUCCCUCCCUCCCUCCCUCCCUCUGCCCUGGAAAGGCUGCCUCUGCCUCCCCCGCCCCCCCUCCCUACCCUCCCUCCUUGGGCGGCUGCGGCUGCCAAUUGUCAUCUGGCUCCGCCACUCAUUCUCGCAAAGAGGGCAACCGGGAGGAGGAGGAGGAGGAGGAGGAGGAUGCCAGGCUGAGAGCAGCGGCAGGCGGUGGUGGUGGUGCUGCUCCUGCGUCGGAAGGAAGGAAGGAAGGAAGGAAGGAAGGAAGGCAGAUGCAACCCUUGAACCGAGGAAGGAGAGAAGGAGGAAGAGGAGGAUGAGGAACAGGGCCCCCGAGGAACAGGAGCGUGGGGAGAUGCUGCCACUGCUGCCCUGCUGCCCGUAGGACCCCGUGCCCCGCCAUGAGGCCAUGUGCCUGCCCCCCGCUGCUCCGCCGCCACCGCUACCUUCCGGCGGGCCGCGUCCUGCUGCUGGCGCUGCCCUGGGCCCUGCUGAGCGCGGCCCCGCUCUCGGCCUGCCCGGCCCGCUGCGAGUGCGUCCCGCAGGUGCGCUCGGUGCUGUGCCAGCGCCGCCGCCUGACCGCGCUCCCGGAGGGCAUCCCGACCGAGACGCGGGUGCUGGAGCUGAGCCGCAACCGCCUGCGCUGCCUGACGGCCGGGGAGCUGUCGGCCUUCCCGCUGCUGGAGGAGCUGGACCUGAGCGAGAACGCGCUGGCCGGGCUGGAGCCGGGGGCCUUCGGGGGGCUGCCCCAGCUGCGGGCCCUGCGCCUGCGCGGCAACCAGCUCCGCCUGCUGCCCGCGGGGCUCUUUGCGGGGCUGGCCAACCUCACGCUGCUGGACCUGAGCGAGAACCGGCUGGUGGUGCUGCUGGACGACACCUUCCUGGGCCUGCGCCGGCUGCAGGCCCUGGGCCUGGGCGACAACGACCUGGUCUACAUCUCCCGCCGGGCCUUCGCCGGCCUGGCCGCCCUCCGGGAGCUGACCCUGGAGCGCUGCAACCUGACGGCGCUCUCGGCCGAGUCGCUCGCCCGGCUGCCGGCCCUGGAGGCCCUGCGCCUGCGCCACCUGGCCGUGCCCGCCCUGGACGAGGACAACUUCCGGCGGCUGCCGGCCCUGCGGACGCUGGAGAUCGACGACUGGCCCUUCCUGGAGGAGGUCCCGCCGGGGGGCUUCCGGGGCCUGAACCUGACCUGGCUCUCGGUCACCAACGCCAACCUGUCCGCCGUGCCCUCCCCGGCGCUGCGCCCGCUGGCCCACCUGGCCUGCCUCAACCUCUCCUUCAACCCCAUCCGCACCAUCCCCGGCGGGGCCUUCCGGGACCUGCCGCGGCUGCGGGAGCUGCACCUGGCGGGGGCCCUGCUGGCGAGCGUGGAGCCCCGGGCGCUCUUCGGCCUGCGCCAGAUCCGCCUGCUCAACCUCUCCGCCAACUUCCUGCCCACGCUGGAGGAGGCCGCCUUCCACUCGGUCAACAGCCUGGAGACGCUGCGCCUGGACCGCAACCCGCUGGUCUGCGACUGCCGCCUGCUGUGGGUGCUGCAGCGCCGCAAGACGCUCGACUUUGACGGGCAGCUGCCCACCUGCUCCUCGCCGCCGGGGAUCCCGGGGGACGCGCUGCGAGCGCUCCCGGACGCCGUGCUCUUCGAGUUCUUCACCUGCCAGCGGCCGCGCAUCCGGGAGCGGCGCCUGCAGCGGGUGACGGCGCUCGAGGGGCAGCCGGUGUCCUUCCUGUGCCGCGCCGAGGGGCAGCCGCCGCCCGAGGUGCGCUGGGUCUCCCCGCAGCACCGCCUCAUCCCGGCGCGUGGCGGUGCCGGAGCCCGUGUCUCGGUGCUGCCCGGCGGCACGCUGGAGAUCCGCCACGCGCAGCCCCAGGACAGCGGCACCUACAUCUGCGUGGCCAGCAACGCCGGCGGGAACGACACCUACUUCGCCUCGCUGGCGGUCAAGGGCGCCGAGGGCAACCGCUCCGCCCUGCUGGCCGCCGGGCUGGACGGCGCAGACUUCAACGAGAGCAGCGCCGGCGGCGGGAACGGGACGCAGGUGGUGCUGAAGUUCACGCUGGACCUGAAGACCAUCCUGGUCUCCACCGCCAUGGGCUGCAUCAUGUUCCUGGGCGUGGUGCUCUUCUGCUUCCUGCUGCUCUUCGUCUGGAGCCGCGGGCGCGGGCAGCACAAGAACCACUUCUCCGUGGAGUACUCCUUCCGCAAGGCCGACGGGCCCUCCUCCGCCGCCGGGCAGGGGGGCGCACGCAAGUUCAACAUGAAGAUGAUCUGACCUAAGGGGGGGGGUCCAUGGGGGGGGGACGGCACGCCGGCUGCGAGGUGAAACCACCCUAAAAUAUAGCAGGGCAGCCAAAAACAACAGGAUACUAAGCGUUGGGCAUUCAGCUCACAGCAAGCAGAGUGUGAAGCGCCGUGUGGCUGAAAAGAAUUCAGAGAUUAGGAGGCAAAGAUGUAGAGAUCUAUCUUAAAAAUGGAACAAGGGUUAGGGCCCCCUAGCAUCUAAAAACAAAGAGGAUACUAAAAGUUGGGCAUUCAGCUCACAGAAAGCAGAGCGUGAAGCGCCGUGUGGCUGAAAAGAAUUCAGAGAUCUAUCUUAGGGCCCACACGCACCCUGGCUGCUAGGUGAAACCACCCUAAGAUAUAGCAGGGCAUCCAAAAAGAACAGGAUACUAAGCGUUGGGCAUUCAGCUCACAGCAAGCAGAGCGAGAAGUGCCGUGUGGCUGAAAAGAAUUCAGAGCUUGAGAUCCAGAGUCCAGUUUUAAAAACAGAACGAGGGUUAGGGCCCAUACAUACGCCAGCUGUUUGGGAAAACUACCCUACGAUAUAGCAGAGCAUCCAAAUCGAGCAUUCAGCUCACAGCAAGCAGAGCGUGAAGUGCCGUGUGGCUGAAAAGAAUUUAGAGAUUAGGAGGCAAAAAUGCAGAGAUCUAUCUUAGGGCCCACACACACACCCCGGCUGCUAGGUGAAACCACCCUAGCAUCUAAAAACAAAGAGGAUACUAAAAGUUGGACAUUCAGCUCACAGAAAGCAGAGCGUGAAGUGCCGUGUGGCUGAAAAGAAUUCAGAGCUUGAGAUCCAGAGUCCAAUUUUAAAAACAGAAUGAGAGUUAGGGCCCACACAUGUGCCGGCUGUUAGGGAAAACUACCCUAAAAUAUAACAGAGCAUCCAAAAAUAAACAGGAUACCGAAAGUUGAGCAUUCAGCUUACAUCAAGCAGAGCAUGAAAUGCCAUGUGUCUGUAAAGAAUUCAGAUCUUGAGAUCCAGAGUCCAAUCUUAAAAAUGGAACGAGGGUUAGGGUUCACACACACACAACUACCCUACAAUAUAGCAGAGCAUCCAAAAACAAAACAGGAUACUAUUGUUGGGCAUUCAGCUCACAGCAAGUAGAGCGUGAAGUGCCAUGUGGCUGUCAAGAAUUUUAGAGCUUGAGAACCAGAGUCCUAUCUUAAAAAGGGAACGAAGGUCAGGGCCCACAGACACACAACUAUCCUACAAUAUAGCAGAGCAUCCAAAAACAAACAGGAUACUAUUGUUGGGCAUUCAGCUCACAGCAAGUAGAGCGUGAAGUGCCAUGUGGCUGUCAAGAAUUUUAGAGCUUGAGAACCAAUCUUAAAAAUGGAACGAGGGUCAGGGCCCACAGAGACAAACUAUGCUACAAAAUAGCAGAGCAUCCAAAAUAAACAGGAUACCGAAAGUUGAGCAUUCCGCUCACAGCAAGCGGAGCGUGAAGUGCCGUGUGGCUGCAAAUAAUUCAGAUCUUAAAAUCCAGAGUCCAAUCUUAAAAACGGAACAAGGGUUAGGUCCCACACACUCACAACUAUCCUACAAUAUAGCAGAGCAUCCAAAAACAAACAGGAUACUACUGUUGGUCAUUCAGCUCACAGCAAGCAGAGCAUGAAGUGCCGUGUGGCUGCAAAUAAUUCAGAGCUUAAAAUCCAGAGUCCAAUCUUAAAAACGGAAUGAGGGUUAGGCCCACACAUACACAUACCCUACAGUCUAGCAGAGCAUCCCCCCAAAAAAGAAGAAUACUAUUGUUGGGCAUUCAGCUCACAGCAAGCAGUGGCUGCAAGGAAUUCAGAGUUUAGGAGAAUGUAGUACUCGUUCUACACAAACUGUUCCUUGUUGAGGACUUGAGACUUGGGCGGCAUGGGGUCGAACACCCAACGCCGGGCCCCCGGGACCCCCGUGGCGGGCCUUUGCACGCUCCCUCCGUGCCCGACGACGACCCCUGUCGCCCUCCCUCCUCCCCGGUAUUUCGGAUCCACUAUGCAAUGCGGGGAAGGGGGUCCGUCUUUGUAAGACCCUUCUGUUUUUAGACCCUUUUUGUAGCCGCGGGGGGGGGGGGUGUCUUUCCCAUUGUGCCCCCUUUUUUCCCAUUUGUUGCAUCCGUUUCCCCCCCUGAGACCCCGUUCUCUGUGUGGGAUGAGGAGGAGGAGCGCAUUGUGUACGUUCCGGCGCAUGGGGAUCCUCCUCGUCACAGAGCCCGCCCCCUAUUUUGUAUGUUCUGGCGCAUGAACAAUACACGGACACGUCUCCAUCCCGCGUG